GCUGAAUUUGAUGCAGGUUGUACGACGUACUGUUGGUGAUCAAGCAAACGUAUGGUGAUCAUGGAGUCAUGUGUGCCUCCUGGCUUUAGGUUUCACCCCACAGACGAGGAACUCGUCGGCUACUACCUCCGGAAGAAGGUGGCCUCGCAGAAGAUCGACCUCGACGUCAUCGGCGACGUCGACCUCUACCGCACGGAGCCGUGGGAUCUCCAAGACCACUGCAAGAUCGGGUACGAGGAGCAGAGCGACUGGUACUUCUUCAGCUACAAGGACCGCAAGUACCCGACGGGGACGCGGACGAACCGGGCGACGCGGACGGGGUUCUGGAAGGCGACAGGUCGGGACAAGGCUGUGCGCGACAAGCAGGGCCGUGGCCUCAUUGGCAUGAGGAAGACGCUCGUGUUCUACACGGGGAGGGCACCCAACGGCCGGAAGACCGACUGGAUCAUCUACGAGUACCGGCUCGAGACCGACGAGAACGCCACGCCUCAGGAAGAAGGCUGGGUGGUGUGCCGAGCGUUCAAGAAGCGAACCAUGAACCCACCACGGAGCGUCGCCGGAGCAUGGGACCCGAGCUACUCCUACUCUUACCACGACCCCAUCCUCACCGGCGCGGCGCACUUCAAGCAAGAGCCGCCCAAGUUGGGCGCCGCCGCCCUCCUGCACUACUCCAGCCGUCUCGUCGAGCUCCCGCAGCUCGAGAGCCCGCCGCUGCCGAACCAGGUAAGCCACGGAGCCUCGGCCGGUGGCGAAGGAUCCUACGACGCCGACGCUAGGGAGGGCGCCGCGGUGACCACGGACUGGAGGGCGCUCGACCGAUUCGUCGCCGCCCAGCUCAGCCCUGAGGAGGACCACUUCGGCCGUGGCUUGCGGCAGGAAUGCAAUAAUCCGCCAGGGGCGCAAGCCGGGGACAAUGACGACGUGACCGACAUGGCGGCGCUGCUGCUAGUGGACGGCGUCCGGGAGGAGGACGCCGGGUUACUGGGCUCCGUGGCCUCACUGUCUGCGUGCCUGCACAUGAAUGAGGCAAGAUAUGAUAUCCACAGCAAACCGUAGAUGA